CCUAUUUGAAUGACAAUCAGUUGCUUCCGUAUCAAAAGAGACCAUUCUGCAUCUGCUGUGACAGCAGGGACGCCAGACUGGGGCAUUCUGGUUCUCUGUGCUCAACCGACCAAAACAUUCGCUGUGACAAUCAGUAUCAGAUGCGGUGGGAAAAAAGAACAAGAACGGAUGGCGUGUGUGUACUGUAGACGAAUGCUGGAACUAUGAAAAGGAUUUGGAGGAGAGCCAAGCGCGGUGGGAGAGUAAUCUGUUGGAUUGAGCAAUUGGAUUAAACAUUGGAUAGAUUUGGAUUGUGUUGAUGAGUCUCUUGUCAUUGGUUGGAUCUGAUGAGAGAUGCUCUCUAAAACUAUGGAUCAGUUGUUGAUGUAGCAGUCCAUGCACAGGAUGAAGUAGUGAUGGUUGAAGAAGGCUUCUGACAAGUCGGAGUCGCGAUCGCCCUGGCCUGGGCCUCGUAAAGUGACCCUCCAACGCAAUGCAGCGGGCUUCGGCUUCACAUUGCGACACUUCAUUGUCUACCCACCAGAAUCAGCUGUAGCCGAGCUGAGCAGGCAAGAGGGUGUGGCUAGCGGAGAUGAUCACAACAAGAAGCGACCUAAGAUCACGGCUUUGGAGCCAAUGGACACCAUCUUUGUCAAGCAUGUCAAACCAGAAGGUAGUGCAGAGAGUGCGGGGCUGUCUACUGGUGAUCGCAUCGUCUCGGUCAACGGGGAAAGCGUGACAGGAAAGACUUACUCACAGGUGGUUGGACUGAUUCAGUCUAGUGAUUCUUGCCUGAAACUUCUUGUUGUACCACGUGAGGAGGACAUUCUUCAAGUAGCCUACCCAACCUCAGCCUACAAGACGGCAGAUGGAUUACCUAUUUCCCAACCGGAACCAGACUCUCACCACUUUAGUGGCAGAAGUGGGAUCAGUGAUCCAACGUCUUCCAACCAGGCCCCAUACCCAUCUCCCAUCCUGCCUGUGGAUAAGACAGAAGAGGGCCAUGACACGGUGAUCUUGCGUCCAGAGCCAGAUCUUCUUAGUCACCAGCCUCGACACAAAUCAGAAAUGGUUAUGUCAGUUGGUUCCAAGCCCAUCAAGACAUCGACCCCAGUCUAUGACAGUUGGACCUCUUCAAGAGACACUCUGGACUCCAACAACAGGAGUACACCAACAACAGGUGGCCACUUGGAUUCAGGACGGACAGGAUUUUCAGGACAAACAAAACAAGUAGUUGACUCAAGGUAUGGCUAUCACCAUUCCAGACCAGCUAGUGGAAUCUCUGUAGCUUCCAGUACCUCCUCUGCAGACAGCAGUGUAUCGGGACAAAAAACAGGGCGGACUUUCAAGAUAACAAGUAUUUUUGGACAACACAGUCGGGCCCAGAGUCAAAGGGUUGAGACUCAGAGAGUUGAGAGUAUUGCGCGCAGAGGGACAGGGGGGAAUGAGUUGCCACCAAGACCAAGUGGCAAAUUUGCGAGAAGCAACAUAGACAACACCACUGCAAUCUCUCAUCAUAUUUUACAUCAAAAGGCAGCAUCUCUUGAUCAAGGGCCAGUGGUGAGGUUAAGGACUGGGACCGGACCCAACGAUUACAUAACCCUCACGGGACAAAGAAGAGGGGAUCAUAAUAGUAAUAAACCUGUGCCCAGACAGAGCAAUAGCAUGGACAAUUUGGCUUAUGCUUCAGAGCAUCAUGAUGUGAGAAGCAGUAACGGGGGGCAGGUGUCAUCAUCAUAUGACAAUCUACACCUGUCAGGUGCAAAUGGCACUGAAUGGGAAGUGAGGUCCGGUGACCAAGUGAUGGGCAAUCCAAAGCUUGGGAGUGACAGCCAGGUAAACAGACAGGACACUGUCACCAGACGCUUCUACAAGACCAAGCAAACAGAAACAUCAAGCACAUCCUCAACAACCAGUGACCUCAACGCAAGGAAUAUCGUUGAGGUACAAGGCUACAAAGAGGUUGCAACAGACCCUCACAUGAGGGACCUCUUUAUGAGACAAGCAAGGCAUCAGCGUAAUCGGAGAGGUUAUGAGAAGAAGGAAUCUGCCCUCUCAGGAUCUAAAUCAGCAGAUAGCAUCCGAUACAUUGAUGGGAGGCCGAUGCGAAGCAACACUGUGUCCUCAGCUGACACUCGACCUCCCAUCUCUCCAACGGAUAGAAGAUACUCACAGUUUCCAGACAAAAACAUUCAUGCUGGUUACCCAUUAGAUCAACCAGCCAGACAGGCUGAGACACGGGAGUUGUACAUCUCAGAACCUGUGCAACGCUUUGCUAGCAGCCAGGAGCAACUUGUCCAAGACAACAAUGGUUAUCCUGGCAGGCAGAUAUCAUCAUCAGAUGAGGUAAAAUAUAGGACACCCUCGUCUAUAAACACAGUGAAAAUAAUUGAUUUGGACGGUACUGUUAAAACAACGAAUGUAUCUGAGGGAACUGAGGACAAUGCCUCACCAAUAAACAGUGAUAUGAAUACAGAAGAGGAGCCACUCUCUCCUACCAGGGUCCAGGACAGGAUUAGUUACUGGCACAAGAAAUCGAUACAGGGUUCCUCUACAGAUACAGUGGAUGGUAUGUCCUGGAGGAGAGGGAAGAAUAAUCCCCACAACAACCCAGAUCCUCCACCUCCUAACCUUGCCUCCUCUAGGUACCGGACCACGGCUCAUGUACCCCUUCCAGGCGGGGGACGGGAAAAGCCUCCAGUCCCCAAGCGUGAUAGUAGCCGAGGGAGGGUACGCGAGCGUAACAUGGAGAGGGAACGUCAACAUGAGCGCAAGAUGUACGAGCGUCAUCGAAGUAAGAGCUAUGAUCGCUCCAGCCAACGCUCAGCAACUUGGUUCCGGUCAGCACGUCGGCAGACAACAGAUGAUAUGUCCGUGGAUAGCUUGACCAGUGAUGGAGCUGUCUCAUUGGCUAGUAGUAGGAAGGAAUCUACGGCCAGUAGUAUAAGUGAUGGAUGCAGUGUGGAUGAUGAUUACCCACCAGUGUUAUCGUUGGUGAUUCGUCGUCCCCGAGCGUGCUCAGAAGCUGGUUACCGUGGUAAUCGUAAAGGAAUGUAUGCACCACCACUUGACAAUAUUCCAUAUACCAGUAGGCGGCACCAAUCCAUUGAUGAAGGUACCAGGCAGCGCCUUGUAAGGAGGACAUCUUACUUACGUGCUACCUUGAGUGAUGACGAUGAAGAAGGAACUAAAGAUGCAUCAUCGGUAGCCGAUACCACGAGCAUAUCAUCUAUGUCUGCUCAUGGAGGCGAGGGCAGUAGUCCGGUUGUAUUACGAAGGAAUGCCACACCAAGACGCAACCCUAGCAUCAACAAACUAAAGCAUAUGUUUGGGGAGGGAACACCAAUCAUUACAGAGGCCAUGCACAAGCCAUCAGCAGGUAGCAGCAAUCAAGGAACAGGUGCACAGGGUGGUGAGGAUCCUGAGAUUACUAAGGAGGGGCCAGCUAAUAUCAAGGUGGAACAGAAAGAGUGGAAGCGUGCCAGUGAUCGUUCCUGGAAGCCAGUCUGGAUGUUGCUCAAGACUAAGACUAUGUAUCUCUUGAAGGAGAGACGGGAUACCAGCGCUGGUCCCUCCACCUCCUCAGAUGAUCACCCAAUCAGCAUCAAAGCCUCCAUGGUGGACAUUGCCUAUGACUACACUAAGAAGAAGAAUGUAUUCCGCUUGAGCACCAGUACAGGGUCUGAGUACCUGAUACAGGUUAGCGACACCAAAACAAUGCUUGCAUGGAUCACAGCCAUCCAAGCCAACCUGACGCCUGGUGGCGAUGACAUCGUGAGUGCCGACAUCAUCAUGCGCAAGACACAGCAUCAUGAUUCUGGCUCAGGCAGCCAGUCGACUUCCAAGAACGUCCUGUCUCCACCCAACAGCCGUAAGAAAGGCAGUCGCAGCCCCUCACCAGCCCUGCAGCCACCUCAGCCAGCUAAGAAGCAAUCUACGGGCCUGGCAGGAAAGAUGAAACAUAAGAUGAAGAAGAAAGGGGGCGGGGCUAGUGCCACGGUGUGGGGGCAGCCAACAGCAGAGGAGUUGAAGAGUUUGACUUUUGGCGUGCUACUUGAGAAAUGUACACCGUCAGAUACUAACGAGUUUGUUCCUAUGUUUCUUGACAUCUGCUGUAACAUCAUUGAGGACCUUGGUCUGGACACCGUUGGUAUCUACAGGGUACCAGGCAACACGGCUGGUGUGUCCUACCUACAGGAAGACCUGAAGGCUGGGCCUGAGGAAGCCAACUUUGGAGACAGUCGAUGGCAUGAUGUCAACGUGGUUAGCAGUCUUCUUAAGAUGUUCUGCCGCAAGCUACCUAAUCCCUUGGUUCCCAGGGAUCAGUACAAGGACUUUAUUGCAGCCAAUCGUAGCAAGGAUCCAGCUGAGAGGAUGUGGGCCUUAAGACGUCAGAUCCAUAACCUACCAGACCAUCACUAUGAGACAUUCAAAUGCCUGGCCAGUCAUCUACGUCUGGUGUCUCAGAACUCAGAUAUCAACAAAAUGGAGGUUCGUAAUCUGGCCAUCGUCUUUGGGCCGACUCUAAUCCGUUCAGGCGACAACAGCAUGGUAACCAUGGUGACAGACAUGUCGGAUCAGUGCUGUAUCAUUGAGAGUAUCAUCCAGCAUUGUGAAUGGUUCUUUAGUGAUGAUGUGGAGAGCCAGCAAGCUGUACCCAGUGAUGCAAUCCCCGAGGCUGAGUUGAUGUCAUCAGAUGCUAGCGAGCUGCUCUCCAAGGCACGCAAAGAUGAUCAGUCUGGUGAGUCGGGAAGCGAUUCGUCCAAAGGCAAAGACAUCAACGCCAUGGAACUCAUGUCAUCAGUCAUCUCAGCUGCAAACCGCAAACUCAAGGGUCGUUCUGCCAAGAAAUCCCUGCCCAGUCCUGAAGAGAGUGAUGGGACGGAGUAUGGAUUCCCUAGCAAGGGUGCAGAGACCGAAGUCAAAGUACGCGCCAUUAGGAACCAGACUACAGACAAGGCAGGAGAUGAUGAGGAACUGUCGAACCUUGGGGGAGCCCAACAGCGGAGUGCAGUGAAGGUGACGUUGAGGAGAGACUCGCAGAGCUCCGUGGAGACCAACCUGGAAACCGGGACAAACGUGUAUGAUUCAGAGAGACUUGCCAACGCACCAACGUAUGCGGCUGCACGCCAGCAGCUUCAUCCACCCAGAGGAUUCUAUAAUCAGUUUGGUUCCCGUGGACGAUCACUGUCUGGAUCUUCGGACACCAGCAACAAGGCAUCCACAUCAGUCCAAGGAGCUGUUGCAAGACCUCUUAAGCCUCAAGGAGGUGGUAGGAAGGCAGUCCUGACAUCAGAUAGAGACUGGAAAUCAGAAUUUGCUAGGGAAAGGGAACGGAUUGAGAGAGAACAUCAGAAAGCUGUCCGUGACUAUGAGAAGGAGGAGGCUACCAAUGUAGAAGAGUUAUACCGCCCAAGGGAUUAUCUGCGUGAGAUAUCGGCUGUGUCCAACAAAAUCGCUGACUUUACAUCACAAGGACAUCGAGAGGACAAACCAGGCAGUAGUGAUAGGCGGCCAGGUCGAUCUGUUGACACAGACUCUAUGAUGUCAGGUUUUUCUACGGCAUCUUCUAAUAACAACAAUACGCUGCAUACUGCACGAUCAGACCCGGUGUUCAACACCAGACUGGAGAUCAGGGAGUCUGCAUCAGAGAGUGAGAGUGAUUUUGUUCAGGCUAUGAAGGCCACGUUUGAUGAACGCUUGCAGCAGGUGGUGCAUCAAGAAAGUGAAGAUGAUAGAUUAUCAGAAAAAAGUGCUGCGUCCUCAAAAACUGCAUACAAUGAUCGGCGACCAAAAGAUGGGGUGUAUGUAGCGACGCCGUACCAAAGGCCUGAAGACAAAGACGCUUAUCGAGUCCGGACUGGUAGUGGAACAUACAUGAGAAAUCUGAAACAAAUACCCAACAGAACACCAACAGGGGGCGCUUCAAGCAGCGCUCAGCCUGUCUCCUUAACGUCGCGUUUCAACGAACUGUCCAUCGCACCUCAGAAUGAGGAGCCAGUGAAACAAUCCUUCUCUACCCCCACCUCAACAACAUCUUCACCAACCCGAGGGGUUAGGACACCUCGUAAGACAAGUCGCUUUGAGGUAACACUUACUCUUGAGAAGAAAGGUCGUACACCGAGCGAGAACGUGCCAGCAAAUAGGACCCCAUCGUCAGAACCUCCCCCAGCAGUAAAGACUAAUUCAGCACAGGAGUCAACGCCCAAGAGGAAGACCAGUGUAGGUAAACAGCGCCCUCAUGCAGCAGCAGCAAAAGACACUAUGUCAAUCAAAGAACAGCAUCGUGAGAACCGACGGAGAAGGCAUACAGUAGGUGGUGGCAGGGAUGCACCAGAAUACAGGAAAAUUAUGGAGUAUAAUCUGAACAAGGCGAACGAGCCACCUCGCAAAAUUAGUGCAUUUGACAGACUCAAACCCUUCGGAAAACCUUCCAAGGAUUCCCAACCACAGAAUAUGAAAUCUUGGAUGGACAGUGAGCGUGUCCGGACAAACAGUAGCCCUAAUCUUCUUGCCUCGGUCGCCAUGUCUGCAUCUUCGUCAAAUGCCCCUCUGGCCAAACCAAAAAGCUCAACAAAUUUAGAUGGUGCAAAGUUGAGCCUUCCCACCCGAAAAGAUGGCCAUCCUCAGAAAUUCAGCUACGUCUAAAAAAAAAAAGCAAACACACUGUUGAGACUUUUCACUUCCGUGCACAGUGUGGGUAAAAAUGUUGAUUGUAAAACCUUUGUUUUGUUUGGUGCACAUGUAUUUCUUAACAAUGCUUUCUUAUCGUUUCUUCAGAAUCAUUGUUGUUCCCAGUUACAGCUUUGUGUUUUUGUGUAUCAUCUUUGUAGAUAAUGGCAUGCAGGAAUGCAAACACAUGAUAUCAAUUCUGUUACGAAAAAUGGUUUGAGGAGCAUGUAAAUAGUCAAAAAGAAAUUUAUACUCGUAAACCAAGUAAUAUUGGAAAGUAUUUUAUCUGUAACAUAAAUACAAGUAGGAGCAUGUACAGUGUGUAUAUAGACAUUAAGUGUAUUUUGCUUUAGCACACACAAAACAUUGAGAGAUGUGUUACACUAUUCAGAUUAUUACGAUUUUUGACUAGCAUACUAUGACCCAUGAGGGCACAAUUUAUGCAAUUAUGCUGUUAACAAUUUGGUAUUGAAAGCUUAGCCAAAGUAGCUGUUGAUCAUUAUUGGUGGUCUUGUAUUGCAUGAAUGCAAGUGAGGCAGUGAACAAAUGGACAUUCUCUGCAUGUUUUUUUAAAAAAUUAUUUGUAGAGCACAUGUUUGAGGUAUAAUUUUCUACUACAUUUGCAUUUAGGUCCAGUAUGUGAUGGCAUAAACCAGUUUUAACAAAGUGAAUGAUAAGUUUUAUCUAUGUGUUCAUGUGUACAUGUACUGGUGCAUGUAAUAUUCCCCCAGUAUACUACGUCACCUUGACAUACAAAGUUUCAUGAAAUAAUAACCUUGACACGUUUAAAUUAAAACAAUUUGUAUAACAUGAUGUGUAUGUCUGCCUAUCGCCCAUCACCAACCUACAUGGCAUUUGUUUUAUCAAGGAACCCUCCUGCAUCCUCUCAAGAACUGUGCAGUAUUCAAACCUCUUUUUUAUAGCUCCAUGGUAAAAGCAGUAUUUGUUCAUGGGAUAUUAAGCUCCAUUAGAUAAUCUUUAUCCAGAAGUAUUCCCUGUCAACUCCAAAUUAUCUUGUUCACUCUACCAAUGCUAUUACAAACAUGUGAAUAAUUAGAUUUGUCAAGUGGACCAAAAUGGAAAUGCUUGGGCUGAAUAAACCAAGUCAGACUCAUAUUUAAAAUAAAACACCUCAAGACCUAGCAGGACAAGUGAUGUAUAUGUGGUGCAAACAUUAGUGUAACCUUGGAUGAAGCUUUUUUAACCCCAAAACUCGAAAAAAUAAUUCAUUUUUUCCAUUUACCCAUUUGAGAACGUAGACUGCAGAAAAUGGCAGCUGGUUUUGCACUUUUCUUUAUUGUUCGUCUAAGGCCAACCAUUGAAGAAAAGAUCAAAUAUUCUUAUCAUUUUGUAAACAACUGAGUGGCUGUCGAGCAGCCAAUAAGUGCUUUCGGUUUCGACUUCAAAUGGAACAAACUGAAACAUGGAAAACUUUAAAACUCCAAAAGCUUUAGACGAACAAUGCUGUUAUCUUUUCAGUAAUACCAAUAAUGAUACAUGAAGUUUGCUGCAGUCAGUAAUUUGAAUAUAUUCAGAGACUUCACCAGGUAAUUAUGAAGAAAUAUAAAACCAAAAGAAAAUCAUGUAUUUGUUGAAAGUGGUGCAGAAUCUGAAAUAAGAUAAUCAUGCUAAGAAGGAAUCGGUUUUGUUUUGUUAUUUUACACCUUGUAAAUUCAUACAUUGUAUUUUAAUUGAACAACAGUUAUCAUAUUUAAUGCAAUGAAAGAUGGUAUUAAGAUUUGCUAUGAAAUUAACGCAUUGAUCAUAAAAGCAGCACACACAAGUAGCAAUUUCAAGUUUUCCCAUUGUAAUAUUUCGAUUCGUAAAGUGAUGCAACAUUGAUGUAAACAUGUUUUUAUUUCUUUUUUAUUUGUUUUUUAUUUGUUUUAAAUUUGUUUUAAUAAAUUAUCUUAGAAACUUAGUUUUAUGUCUCCUUCAGAACAAAACAAAAACAAAAAGAACUAUAAAUUUAGGGGACAAACAGAAGUGGUGAGAUUCUCGUUCUUAAACGUGAGUGUAUAGAGAACUGUGCUGUCAAAUUGCUUUGAAGUUUAAUAUAUAUGGAUUUGUAUGAGAAAAAACCCAAUAUAGUUGAAUAAACCAAUACAGGAACAAAGUUUUUAUGUUUUGUUUACCAUGAGAAA